AUGAGCACUCAACCCCUAUAUCGCACCUCCACCUUUGGUGUGUCCGGCCAGGAUCAUAGCUCUUCAACCCCAAUUAGAACACAGGUUGGACAUGUCCCCAGCCCUAGCUCCAAUGCUCUGGGAACUGGACAGGCACCAUCCACGCAUCAACUUAAUAUGAGUUACCAGCAUGAUUCCCGCGUGGACAUCCGUAUGGCUGGCACCAACCUUUCAGGGAAUUUGACGGGACCUGGAUAUGAUACAGUCCGUGUUGGACAAGAACCAGCACCGCCCUAUAGCGACAAUAACAAUACCUACGGAACUUCGAACCCUCCAAGCGAUGCCACCGGACGGGGCUACGGUGCUUCUACGGAGUCACAUGCGACCGGGUCCAAAUUGGCUCGGAAAGGGGAAGAACUCGGCCACAGCGCCAUAUCCCUCUUCGCAGAGGUUCAUGGGGCGGGAGAAUUACUACGCGGGGGUUUAAUGGCAGCGCUAGAUAAGGCGUUUGGCGAUGAAAAAGGUGCGGCAAAGAAUGCAGAGAUUGCGAGUAAAGGCGAGCAGGAGAUGCGGUCCGGUCAGUUUAGAUGA